AUGACGUCGUCGAAGGAGGAGAUGCCGGAUGAGAUGGUGAGCCGGGAGGUGGAGGAGGAGAUGGAGGAUCGGGUUGAGGAGACGGCGACUACAGCAGCAGCGUGCACCGGAUGCGCUCAGCUUCACAAGGAUAUUCGACAGGAUGUUUCAAAAAUGAUGUCGAAAAUUGACGAAGUGUGCGGAAGGCUUGAAGCUCUUAUCAGUGAAAAGGAAAAAGUCCUGCUUGAGCAAAUGUCCGAGAGCGGAAGCGAGGAGAAGUAUCCCCCAUCACCAACUGAAAGCCGUGCUUCUCCGUCAUCAGUCGGAAAGUCGAAUGGAGGGUGCCGCAAACGGAAACCCACCAAAGAAUCUGUGAAUCGACAUUUGGAGAAUGGAGGUAGUGACUCGCCUUUUGAGAAAAUCACAAGGAAUAUUUCGACGCCGGUUUCCGCGAGCUCUCCGUUUCCCGAUUUUCAGAAUUUCAACGGGUUUGUGUUCGAUCCCAUGGCCAAUCCACAAAAUAUGAUGAACUUGCUAAACCUUGUGCAGCAACAACAACAUCAAGCCGCUGCUCAUCACCAUGCUCAACAGCAGGCGAGAGAGCAGAAGCCCGUAAAAGCCGAAGAGUCAAAGCAGCAGGAACCGUCGGAGAACAGAAACCAAUCGCCAAGUGCGUCUGUUGAGCAGACUCUGCUCGAUCAGCUCUCUAUGCAGUUCAACGGGAAAUCACCAUCACCAACAGUACACGCAUCCACCGCCGCGGCGGCUGGUAGCUCGGAGGACGAUACAAGUGCCAACUCGUCCAUCUCGAAAUGCUCCAAUUGCUCCACAAUAAAAACGACAGCGUGGCGAAGGGAUUUGGAGGGGAAGCUUGUUUGUAACGCGUGUGGAUUGUAUUAUAGGCUGCAUAGGACACAUCGGCCGGUUCACAUGCGAAAAGAUUUUAUCCAACAGCGAUUCCGUAGAAGAAUGAGGGAAGAUGAAAAUCCAGCAACCAGUCAAGCAGCCGUUUUCAGUCAACUUCUCGGCCUACCGAGCAUGGCUAACGGUGGAGCCAACGCGCUGACCUUUCUCGAGCAAAUUAAUCAGUUGAAUCAGUCACAGGAGCAGCGCAAGUCUCCCUGAUUAUUAUAUUUUAUUAUCUCGUGUGAUAUAUCCCCCAAUGUCCCCUCCCGAUCAACUGUGAGCUUUAUCAGUAUUUCCGUUUUCACUUUUCCAACAAAAAAUCCCACUGACCCCUGCGGUGGUCUCUGAAAAAACAAAGAAUCUCAACAUUUUUUUUUUUGCAAUUUAAAUUUUUAUUGUAUUCCCCCUUAUUAGAAGUGCAGGUCUCUUUCACUUUGUCGCAAUAUCUGAACAGAAUAAUCCCAGCACCGAGUUUAUUUGUGUGCAUAUCCAUGUUCCUUUAAUAAAUAUUAUCAUGCAG